AUGUCUGAAUAUUUUAGAAAGUAUAUAAAAAAAGAACAUUAUCCAAAUCAUUAGUAAUUAUAAAGAUAUAUGCUUUUAGUUCUAAUUUAAAAUUUAAGACUUCAUUUAGAAACUGCAUUUUAGAGGUAAGCAUAAUAAAAUAUAAAGUAAGGCAUUAAAAAGAAGGUAAUGGAAGGAAGUUGAAGGAGAUGAUUGGGAUAUAAUGUGGGCUGAAAAAGAAUGGAUUCAUGAGGUUAUGGAUCAUACACAUUUGUAGCCUAAUCAAAAAAUAAAUCAUUUUAGAAAUCAUUACGAAGUAUUUUUAACAACUCUAUAAAAAGUUAACUAGAAAAGAUUUGAUGAUUAAGAAUUUAAAAAGAUAUAAGAAAAAUUUAGAAAGAGAAGGUAAAAAUGAGGAAGCUAAUAAGUAAUCUAAUUUAUUUACAUCUUCAGUUAUAAUUUCUUUCCUUAAACAUUUCAUCUUCCUAGUGAGUAUCCAAUAUUUUGUGAAGAGUUCAAAAGAUAAUCUUAAAAUGGUGAAUCGAAAACUCCUUGGAUUAUGAAACCUGUAUUUUAAAAAAUUAUAAUUAGAUUGGUAAAUCUUAAGGUAAAGGAAUAUUUAUUUUUAAUAAAUUACAAUCCAUAUCUUAAUGGAAAAACACACUUCGUUUUAAUUAAGAAGCCUAAUAAGCAGAAGCUUAUAUAGUUUAAAAAUAUAUAGCAGAUCCUCUCUUAAUAGGAGGUAAAAAAUUUGAUAUGAGAAUAUAUUUAUUAUGUACAUCUUACUAGCCUUUAACUUUAUAUUUAUAUAGAACUGGUUUUGCAAGAUUUACUCAUCAUCGUUAUGAUAAUGAGGACAUCUCUAAUACAUGUAAAGAUCAUUUUAUUAUAAUAGAUGUUCAUUUAACUAAUGUAGCAAUUUAAAAAACAUCUGAUAAUUAUGAUGAAAAACUAGGAGGUAAAUGGAACAUAUAAACUCUCAAAUUAUUUUUGAUGACUAAAUUUGGAUAAGAAAAAGUUGCAGAAACUUUUUAUAAUAUAUAGAUGUUAAUGAUUAGGUCAUUAUAAGCUGUAUAAAAAAUUAUAAUUAAUGAUAAACAUUGUUUUGAAUUGUAUGGAUUUGAUAUUUUACUUGAUGCAACAUUAAAACCAUGGCUUUUAGAAGUCAAUGCCAGGUACAUAUAUAUAUGAUAUAAAAUAUAGUCCAUCAAUGACAUCUAAUACACCUAUUGAUUUUGAAUUGAAAUGUGGACUCUUAGAUGAUGUAUUUACUAUUAUUGAUUUGGAAAAAGUGUUGACUGGAAAUGAAGAAUAAAUUGGAGGCUUUGAUUUAGUCUGUAGAGGAACUCCUAUUAAAUUACCAAUUAAUAGCACUUUUACUACAUAUUUAGGUUCCUUUAAUAAUAGAUAAUAACAAUUAAAGAAAAUUGCAAAAUCUACAGCCAUUAGAUUAGCAUAAAUAUAUUAAGAAACUCAAACAAAACCUAUUGAUAAUGGUUCGAAAAAUUAAAAAGAUGAAAAAGAAAAAUAAUAAAGAAGUACAUCAAAAGGACCUCAAACUAUAUAAGUAAAUUAUAAAAAUAUAUAAUAGAAUGGAAUUAAUAAUAAAUUAGGCAUGUAACCUAAAUAAAAUUCAAUGAUUAAAAGAAAUGGCACUAAUUUACCUGCUUUAGGUACUAUUUAGAAUAAAAAUACUGUUAAAAGGUAACCUUUAUAGAAUGCAGUUUAACUUUAACCACCAUAAAUAUAAUCAUUGAACUCUAAUAAGAAGUAAUAAAUUAACAUCUAUAAUUAAUAGAAUAAAUCCAAGUGAGGAAUAAAUAUUGACAGUAAAUUAAAAACUUUAAUAACUUACGUAAGACAACAAGUUAUCCACUUUCUAACCUUAUAAAUAAUAAUCAUAAUACAAUGAUGUUAUGGGAAUGAGUAAUAGAAACAUAUAAAGAGAUGAAGAAUGA